AUGUUUUCCAAACCACUCAUCGCUGCAGCUUUGCUUGCUCAACUUGUCACUGCACACUUUGACCCUGUCCCUCCCCGUUCUGUUGCUGAAUUCAAACGUCGAGAGCUCGAAGCGAACCGUCGUCAUUUGGCCGCUCGCAACUGCGAACCUCAAAUUGCGGAAUUCAAUGCUAGGCGUAUGGCCAAACGCGGGUUAUCCCUCGAUCGUCGAGAAGUAGGCGCGCACUUUGCUCCUCGCCAGACAAACAAUACGCCAACUUUCCCCACCAUCCAAAACUCGACCUGUGUAACGGCUCCAGAAGUAACGGAAGGUCCAUACUACGUGGCUAACGAACUCUUGCGAAGCGAUGUGCGCGAGUCUCAAUCGGGCGUAAACCUCGUGCUCGAUAUUGGGGUCAUGGACACAACGACAUGCACGCCUCUUUCCAACGCGUUGGUUGAAAUAUGGGCAUGCAACGCUACUGGUUCUUAUUCGGGAUUCACCACCCCUCCGACUCGUGGAAAUUCUAUGAGCGAUCAAUUAACCUGGCUCCGUGGAGGAUUUGCAACUAACAACGAAGGAAUGGUCGAAUUCAAUACCAUCUACCCAGGAUACUACACUGGGCGCGCAAUCCACAUUCACACCAUGGUCCAAACCAACUACCAAGUAGCUUCCAACGGUAGCAUUGUCAGCCACGCAGGACAAGUCCGGCACAUGGGACAAAUCUUCUUUGACGAAGGAUUAAACGAUCAAGUUCUUGCCCAUUCUGCCUACCAGGGUACUUCUCAGUCACGUACACGCAACAAUCAAGAUAGCAUUUUGAGGACUGGAAGUUCGAAUGGAUAUAAUGCUAUCGCCAGUACUUCAUUUUUGGGAAACAACGGGGAUGCGAAUGGAGGUAUUUUGGCAUAUAUCACGCUUGGUGUGGACACAUCGUUCCAAGGAAGCAUUAAUAGCAACAACUAUGUCACAGCUGGUGGAAGUCAGGCGUCGCCUACUGGUUCCAGUAGCCAAGAGUUGAAUGGGGGCCCUACGACUAGUGCCGCCUGGGGGUCUAUCCUGUUGAUCGCGUGCAACUUCUUUAUGCAAGUUAUGGGCAUCUAA